GAAAGCAGAUGAUCGAUUUCUUUGAACCUCUCGAUGAAGUGGGGUUAUUUUGUUCUCUGGCAUCCACUUUUAAAGACACAUAAGGAGUGUUUUUAACCCACGUCUGGUCUCCACAAGGACCAUUUAAGCGAAAAGACAACCACUUAUCCGAAUCUGUCCACGGCUUGGAACUGGCCCGAAGAAUUAUUUGCCAGAAGUAAGACGCCUGCGUGCGUCUCGUGCCAUUAAUAAUUUGAUUAGCCACAAAGCGGAAACCAGAGUUCGAGAACUCGUGGUUGUGCCUGAUCCCCGCUCUGUAUAUAAGCCGCGGCCAGUUCUUGAGAACGUCAAGUUAGCGAUGGCACUCGUGAAGGGAUGGACUCUCCUCUCCUUACUGGCAGUAAUGGCAAAUUGUACGGCUCUACGGAAAAAAGAUACGGACUCCGGUUUAAAGGCAAUUGGCAAAGAUGUGACGGACGAAGGCAUAAGGGAACCAGUCGAGUAUGGUAUAUUUGUCAAAACCCCCGCUACUGAUGACACCGAUGGCAUCGCAUCGUGGCUUCUGACAUACGAUCCCGUCGUUAUAGUCGAUGUAGCUAAAGACGGCAUGGAUGAAGAUGUAGACGGUGAUUUGAACGUCGACUCAGAAGACGUGGAUGACAGGAACGCCUCGGAAAAGCGUCGUUUCAAAGGAGGCGUGCGGGCCUACAUGCUGAACAUGUUCCGGCCUGGGUCUUCAAUCCGGAAUAACCCCGCCUUCUUGGGGAAGCGGGAUUGGAACCAACAUGAGACAGGUAGCUCUCAGAUUAGCGUUGACGAAGGAACCAGGAGGCCCAGAUUCUUUAAAAAACGCGGUUCCAGGAUGCAAGCGUAUCUGGCAAACCUGAUGAGGUCGCAGACGGCGGGCAAACACAACCCAGCAUUCCUGGGGAAGAGACAAGUGGAAGUACCUGGCAUCCAGACCAUCGUCCCUCAGGAUAUCGCGCUACAGAAACCCAGGUUCAUCGGCAAGAGAGACGUGCAAGAUUAUGUCCAGUCGUUCUUUCGGUCCAAACCAAGCACGCGCCAGAAGCCAGGUUUUAUCGGCAAAAGAGCCGUCAAAUCGCGGUCCAAGAGAGACUUGAAAAGUUACGUGUCGGAACUGUUUCGUGCCAAACAGGGAAAUCGUCAAAAGCCCAGAUUUAUCGGCAAACGGGACGUUAGGUCGUACCUACAGAACAUGUUCAGGUCGUACUCAAAUGCUAAAAACAAGCCCAGGUUUAUUGGAAAGAAAAGCGGGGAUAUGUCCGCCUUUUUGCACAAUAUGUUCCGUUCUCAGUCCAGUGACAGAAAUAAACCCAGUUUUCUAGGAAAGCGUGACGAGCUCACUACCACUGCAGCCGGGGAUGACAUGGCAUUGUCAACGUCCGACAAGAGGAGCAAUCAAAACAAACCACGUUUUCUCGGCAAAAGAAAUAGCUAACUGAUGAACUCUGUCCGUGGCAAGUCUGGGUGGCAAAUCUCGGGACUUUCAAACAUCACGCGAUUUCCCGUCUCGCGAUCAGUGCCCCUUCUUACCAGUGACUCUGGUCAAUGUCUGUGAUUACUAUAUCUCUGGCGGUGUGGACUGAGCAUAUGGCGAGGACUUAAAGUAUGCAUUUUAAGUAGGCAUGAUCUAGACUUUUUUCCAGUCAGUCAGUUUUUUUUCAAUUAGAUUUUUUAUUUCUUUUAAUAAAUCAAGAGACAUGCAAUUAAUUUUGGUUUUCAGUGCAAUGACAUUUAAUUAUUCAUUUACUUAAAUAUUAACUCCAUUUUAUUUAACAAAUCUCUGUGUGUAGGUAAUUUAAUGGUCGUGCAGGAAUCUGCCCUAUGCAUCAGCAAUGGGAGUUUCCUCUUAGGCAAUUGUGUGUUUUAGAAAGAAUUAAGAAAAGAAGAGAGUUCGGCAUCGUUAUAUCCAAAUGUGAGAAAUAUGCCAACUGUUUUAAUUUAUUCAUAUUAGAAAGACGAACCGCUGUAAAUAGCUCUUUUAAGUUAAUUUUAAGAUAAAAACUGAUGAUCUCUAUGUACAAUUACAAUAUAUUUUAAGAGGAAAUUUAUAUUGAAUAUUCACCAUGUUGCAAAAUCAAAAUUGAAAACUAACCCAAACUUUAAUGACUCAGUUUUUUUCUCUAGUGCUGUUAGUUCAAACACUUUUGUAUGUAGAUUAUCCGUGGAUCAGCUGUGUUAAUACAGCAUUCGCUAUAAAUAAAUAAAUCAGCUAUAUAUUGAUGUAAACUUGUGUUGUUGAUGAUAC